UGUAGAUAUCGUGUCCUUACAUAAUCACCAACACCAGCCACAGUGCUCCACACCGCGCAGUGCACCGCCACUUGUCAUUCCAUUGCCAUUCUGGGACUAGCGUGCGACGUCAUACCAGACCGCUACCGGUAAGCCUGAGGCUGCAGCUUCCCCGUGAGAAUUCAGGCCCAAGUAAAGGAAGUGGCACUCACUUCACUUUCACUUGGACUCAUGGCCGUUCCUCCUCUCAUACAUUACUGCGUCCUGCUGGGCGUGGUGAUCUUUUUCUCCUUCCGUUACUUUGGUUCCAAUCCAACUCUGAUUCCCCUGCACCCCAGCAGCCCUACUACUUCCGUAGCCACUCCCGAGAACUCGUCGGAGCCCACCAUGUCUUCCAUGAAAUCCGUCGCUUACUUCGUCAAUUGGGCGAUCUACGGACGCAACCACCAUCCUCAGGAUGUCCCGGCUGACAAAUUAACCCACGUUCUUUACGCUUUUGCCAAUGUGCGCCCGGAAUCCGGGGAGGUGUACAUGUCCGACUCUUGGUCCGACAUCGAGAAGCACUACCCCACGGACUCCUGGAACGACGUUGGCAAGAACGUCUACGGCUGCGUGAAGCAGCUCUACCUGCUGAAGAAGCAGAAUCGCAAACUCAAGGUCUUGCUCUCCAUCGGAGGAUGGACCUACUCCUCCAAUUUUGCGCAGCCCGCAAGCACCGACGCUGGGCGGACUAAAUUCGCCGAGACUGCUACGAGACUGGUCUUGGAUCUGGGCUUCGAUGGCUUCGAUGUCGAUUGGGAGUAUCCUAAAGAUGAGGCGCAGGCGCAGAACUUUGUCUUGCUUCUGCAGAAGUGCCGUGAGACUCUCGAUAGGGCUGCCGGUGGCAACCGGAAGUUCCUUCUCACGAUUGCUUGCCCGGCCGGUCCGGAGAAUUAUACCAAGCUCAAGCUUGCUCAGAUGACUCCUUAUUUGGACUUCUACAACCUGAUGGCCUACGACUACGCCGGCAGCUGGGACUCCAAGGCUGGCCACCAGGCCAACAUUAACUUCUCCAGCAGCAAUGCCGCUUCCACGCCGUUCUCGACCGUGCAAGCCCUGAAUUACUACACCCAGGCCGGCCAAGUCCCGUCAUCUAAGAUUGUGCUGGGAAUGCCCCUUUACGGACGUGCUUUCACCAACACCGACGGACCGGGCACUCCCUUCUCCGGCGUCGGACAGGGAAGCUGGGAGAACGGCGUUUGGGAUUACAAGGCCUUGCCCAGACCGGGUGCAGCGGAGCAGUAUGACGCCCAGACCGGGGCAUCCUGGUCCUAUGAUCCGGCAGCCCGCGUGAUGGUGUCCUACGACAAUGUCCGCAUGGCGGAACAGAAGGUGAACUUCAUCAAACAGAACAAUCUGGGCGGUGGUAUGUGGUGGGAAACUAGCGGCGAUCGGGGUGGAAGGGCUGCCAACAAGGGCGAGGGCAGCUUGAUCGGGGCCUUCGUGGAAGGUGUCGGCGGACCGGGGGCACUGGACCAGUCGGCCAACGUUCUGGACUACCCCGAGAGCAAGUACGACAACAUGAGAGCCAAGAUGAACUAGGUCUCUCUUGAGUUGAGAUGCGGACACGGAUGCGGAUGCGGAUGGUCACGUUCAUUUCUUCAUGAUUUAUUGUUACUAUGGUUUGCUCGGGCUAGCUUGCUGCUUUGGGUACAUUCGUUGCGUUGCCCGAGUGUACAUACUGGCUUACAGGGUGCAUCCGGUGAUUCCCAGCUGCAGUAGACAGGCACUAGUUGCGUGGUUUCGAAUGUUUAUUCAU